AUGAACACAAUGGAUACAGAUAUGGCAGAUGUAGGCAGGACGGUAGAGCCCACGGGAUUAUCUCCAGUAGCAGAACCUGCUUCAAUACCAACUCUUGAUGGGUGGAUUGAGAACUUGAUGGCGUGCAAGCAACUGGCCGAGGUCGACGUUCAGAGGCUUUGCGAUAAGGCACGAGAAGUGUUGCAAGACGAGUCGAAUGUACAGCCGGUGAAAUGCCCUGUUACUGUCUGCGGAGAUAUUCAUGGGCAAUUCCAUGAUCUGAUGGAGCUCUUCAGAAUUGGUGGACCAAACCCAGAUACCAAUUAUCUAUUUAUGGGUGAUUAUGUUGAUCGAGGUUAUUACUCAGUCGAAACUGUCACUCUUUUAGUCGCUCUAAAAAUAAGAUACCCCCAAAGAAUCACCAUCCUCCGUGGUAACCACGAAUCCCGCCAGAUCACUCAAGUUUAUGGAUUUUACGACGAGUGCCUCCGAAAAUAUGGAAAUGCAAAUGUUUGGAAGUACUUUACCGAUCUCUUCGACUACCUUCCCCUCACCGCUCUCAUCGACAACCAAAUCUUUUGUCUCCACGGAGGUCUUUCCCCCAGCAUUGACACGUUGGACAACAUCAGAGCUCUUGAUCGUAUACAAGAAGUGCCACAUGAAGGUCCUAUGUGCGACUUGCUAUGGUCGGAUCCAGAUGACAGAUGCGGAUGGGGAAUAUCCCCCAGAGGAGCAGGUUACACUUUCGGACAAGACAUUUCGGAGGCGUUCAACCAUAAUAACGGAUUGACCUUGGUCGCAAGGGCUCAUCAAUUGGUCAUGGAGGGAUAUAAUUGGUCUCAAGAUAGAAACGUAGUGACGAUCUUCUCAGCCCCCAAUUACUGCUACAGAUGUGGUAACCAAGCAGCGAUCAUGGAGAUUGAUGAGCACCUCAAAUAUACUUUCCUACAAUUUGAUCCAUGCCCAAGAGCUGGAGAGCCAAUGGUAUCACGUCGUACUCCUGAUUACUUCCUCUAG